AGGGGCUGGCGUUGGACAAAGCUAAUAACUGGAACGCUGAUAACAAAACAGAUAACAUACACUCGAGCUUAAUUAACAGAGUCUCGCCCAUUGAGCUCGUGCUGUUUGCAAACUCAUUCUCGCUGCUUUGGGCUUUUGGCGCGUGAGUCUAUGGAUGUGAUUUGUUGUUUACGCUCUCUCCUGGACCUCCACGUUCAGCUACAGAGAGCUGUAGCCCUUCAGGGAGAGAUCCAGGCACAGUUUCUUGCUCAGCUUUUAAACCAAGACAACGCAAGCCCAUGGCAGCUGCCUCUGCCACAGCUGGACUUGACCGGGGAUGAUCUGGAGCUUUCACUGUCUGUUUUCGAACGAGCUUUGGAUGACAGUAAACUCCCAAAGAGAAAAUGGGGUUCGAGGUUGGCACAGCUCCUCUGUGUAAAGACGUGCGAUGAAGAUGAUCAUGAGCUGAGUUAUGAAGCUGUAAAGUCAAACAUGAGGAAACAGGCAUGUUCCUUGGAGUAUCAAAGGUGGAAGGACUUCAACAAGGUCCAGUAUGAUCCUAACCAGGGGGUGCGAGAACUAAAAGUAGGGGUGGAGGAAGCAGCAAAGAAGUGGCUUCAGCCGGAAAGGUGCAGCUCUGAGGAAGUGGUAAGGAAAGUGGCUUUGCAGAAGUUUCUCUCUCUUCUUCCACCUGAUGCGAUUAAGAAGACAAGCGAAGAACAACCGCAGAACAUGGAGGAGGCUGCUGUCGUGGCGGCAUCCAUCCUGGAAGGUACCAGGGCUGAAUGGAACAAAGAGAGGGAGAGCCAUCAUGAAGAUGCACAUGCUGAUCAUGGCUACUCAAGGGAUUACAUCAGCUCAAAUGAGCUAAAGAAGCUGGACUCUGAACCAGUCCUCCCAUCUGACAGCCACAGCCUAGAAGUUACUGUUGGAGAUGAGCAUUUUGAAGAGAAACAGUUUUCUGAAGCUAUGUUUUCCCCAUCCCUAGUUGACAUAAAGCCAGUGCUUAAUACUGAAAACACACCAUCAAUUAGAAAUGAUACACAAGUUGUGCUUCACGGACCCUGCUAUAGUGGCGAAUCAAUAAAGAAUGCACAGAGACGAGCUAAUAAGAAUGGGAACAUAACCACAGGGACAAAAUUAAAACGUAUACUUGAUUGUCCAGACUGCGGUAGCAAGUUCAAGAGGUUUGACUACCUAAGAAAACACAUUUGUACUCCUGGGCAAAGUCUGGGCUGCCAACACUGUGAUCUGCGCUUCCCCUCCCUCUCGCAGUUAACUAACCACCUACGAGUGCAUCGGAAAAUGUUGCACUGUCCUGACUGCAACAAGGCUUUCAGAGACCGCUUCAACCUCCGCUGCCACCAGCGCACACACACAGGCGAGCGCCCCCACAUCUGCUCAGACUGCGGCUCUGCGUUUGCACAGGAGCGUGGGCUACAGGAGCACCGCAACAUCCACACUGGCGAGAGACCCUUCCAGUGCCCAGUGUGCAGGAAAGGCUUCAGCCACAGUCGUACACUCGCCAAGCAUGUGGUCGUACACUCGGAAGCAAGGCCUUACAUGUGCUCCGACUGUGGCAGAGCUUUUAAGAUCAAAGACAACUUGCAUCAGCAUCAAAAGAAAAUGCAUCCUGGCAAAUACUUGUGAACACACCCUUGAGCUGAAACAGAGACUGCUGAAUGAGACAGGCAGUGUGCAAGCUAAUGUGGUACAAUAUACAGUUUAUACUGCUAGUGAUAUUUAAGACAUCUUUCUUCACAGAUACAGUGAGGGGAAAUAAGAUUUUGCACAUGCAUGUUUUUCAAUUCUGGUGCAUUUAUAUGUUCUUCAUAUUUACAUAUCAGAAGCAUGCACAAAGGGAUGUUAAAAAAGGAAAUUGAUAAUAGGAAUAAAAGUAUUUUGACACCAGAGGUUAUUAGAGGGCUAGUAUUUGAAUUUAAAGCCAUUGUUGGCACUUACAGCUUCGAGACAUCUGAGGUAAUAAUUUAUUAUUAUUAUUAUUAUUAUUAUUAUUAUUUUUAUUUUUUUUUGCAGUAGCAUCAUGAUUCAGUUUUGGCCUAUUACUCAUGCUAAAUUGAUUUGAAGUCACUGGUUUUAAACUCACAAUUCCAAAAUCUUCCAUAAAUAAAUUCUGGAGAUUGGCUAAACUGUUGUCUUGCUGAAAUAUCCAUAUUUUCCCGACAUUGUGUGUGCAAAAUUGUAAUUAAUAUAUACACUAGGUCUGCUCCUUGUCUGUUGAUUACUAGAGGGUAAUCGUGGCUCCAACCAUGUGCAGAUCCUGACGCCCGUGGGCUAACAUUAUCUGCAAAUGGAGUGUGCAGUCAACUUGCUGCCGCUCCACACUGCUUCAAUAUUUCGGCCGAUAUUCUGUUACCUUACAGUAUGGCAUAAAAUGUAAUGAUGACGCUGUAUACUGUUACAUGGUGAGGGACGCCCGCAGCACCAGUCACCGGCGGCAGGCCAAACUGAAUUUCUGUUUCAUUUAUAUAUAUAUAAAUAUAUAUAUUCGUAAUGGGUUGUUCAUGAACGAUUAGUUCUUUUUGAACAAGCCUUUAAUGUGAUUCAAAAGAGCGAGUAGUCUCAGAGAGUGAUUCGUUCCUUUUUUUACUGGGCUUGCAAAGCAUCACAAACCCUUUGUAGGUUAUGUAGAGGACACAGAAAUGAGUAGUUACCUCUCGAGUCUUUUGGUCCGAAUAAUUAAUUCUUUGUCAUGUGACACCCAUAUAGCCAAAAUUUGAUUAUGUAGACGUGUUGGGGGUCUGUUUAUUGAAAAUGUAACAUUUUAUUUUAAACUGACCAUUUUGAUUCAUACAAAUUCACAUUUCAUACAAACUUAAAUAAUUCUUUUGACUGUGUAAAGCUGCUUUGCGGCAAUGAAAAUUGCUAAAAGCGCUAUACAAAUAAAAUUGAAUUGAAUUGAAUUUUAUUUCUGAUCAAAAGAACAAAAUGAACUAAAUGACAAAAAAGAUUUGUUCAUUUUGAUGAACACGAUUCAAAGAACCAUAUCACUAAAAUGAUCCAAACUUCCCAUCACUUGUGUGUGUGUGUGUGUGUGUAUAUAUAUAUAUAUAUAUAUAUAUAUAUAUAUAAAAUCUAUCCAUGGCUGUGUGUUGGGCAUGUGCUAACUAACAGUAAUCACAAUACUGAUGAAUACCUAAUUCAAAACAUAAAUAUUACAUGAAUAAAAAAAAAUUAUCCCAAACAUUUUUCCUGUCAAAAUUUAACACCAAGUUGCAGCAAUAACAUAUAACAGUUAUUUACUUUUUAAGAUGGCAGAUGGAAGCCAUAUUUAAAUAUUGUGAACUUUUUGCCUACCACACAUACAGUCAGGAACACAGACUAUAGCCAUCGCUCUAUCAUUCACUUUACUCCAGUAAGUGAUUAUGGCAGAGCCUUUCGAGUCAGUUUGAAACACACACGUGAUGAUGACGCUAACUAAUCAGCAAUUAAGAUAGUUUUCAACUAAUUUGGUCAUUGAUUUUAGUCAGCCAUUCCCAAAGGCAGCAUCUCCCUGCUUCAGAAAGAAAAAGUCCUGUCACAUACUUGUUCCAUCCAUUGACUAAGCAAGCACAAAACAGGUGAUGUCACUAAUUGGUUUAAGCUUAUCUGACUGAAAAGUUGUGCUAAUUAUAAUUUGCUGGUUUGGUUAUUAGAUGGAAUGAAUAGGACAGGACUUUUCUGUUCUGAAGCCGUGAUCCUAAUAUGCACAUACAUAAAUAUUUCCCCUCACUGUAUAGGGUUGUAUAAAUAGUUUAUAUUUCAAACUGUUCUAGGUAAAGGGAAUUCUUUAAACUACAACUAAAACAACAAAUUAAUUGUAGUAAGCUCAAAAUUUUCCGGUGUGACAGCACAUUUUUAGAUCAGAUCUAAGGAUUUUUAGAUUUCAGGCAACACUGCUAUUGAUAAGCAAGUCCACAUUAUAUAUGCAAGUUAUUUAGAAUAUCAUCACAAUUAUUCCUUUAACAGUAAUAAUUGCUGUAUGCACUAAACCUUUGAAACAUAGCUGUAGCAGCUAUGUAUGUACCUCAUGUGAUCGUGUUUGUUUGAGCAGCUGAGAACGCACUUACUUUCAAAAUAACAUUUCGAAAACCUUUGAAGGUUAAACCACCUUGUGUAUGCAUUAUUACCGGGACUGAAUUUAAAUGUAAGAUAAAUAAGAAAUUUCUGUUUGUUAUUAGAUAUCUUUUUUUUAGAGAUUUUAAAAAUUUAAACCCAUCCCUGAGUAAGUAUAUUUUGAGGCUAAUCACACACUCAGGCAUAUGACUGCAUUGGCAGAUUACACUAGGAAACACAUUUAAGGAAAUUACCUUAAUGUGAUUAUACAUUACGUCAGCAAUGUUUAUUUGACCUUGUGAAUUGUGGUGGUUUUACGCUGUAAUAAAUAAUAAUGUCGUUUUUGUUCAUAUUAUUGUUUAUAUUAUUAUAAUAUAAAUGUCAUUCUGCUUUUUUUA